AAGCCCAAUUGAAUUCGGGGAGAAGAAUUUUCCACCCUGAGCCACGCCUCGAUGGCCGACCUUGGCGAUCAUGGGUCAUGGCCAUCUGGCGCAGUGGCGCCCUUUCCCCUUCAAUUCCCCAUUACGAGUAACCACAUAAAUAGAACUGGUCGCCUGCAUUUACUUGUCAGGUGUUGGACAUCACAAGAUGAAGAUGUUAGAUGUGAAUGAUGAAGCAGAAAGCAAACAACUAGAGGAUGAAAAAUUUCAAUUAGAAGAUGGAAGAACUUAUCCCAUAUUUACCCAGUGUGGUACUGAUAAAGAUAAAAUCAAUUACAACAUAUGUGAUUUGUUAAUACCAAGGAAUACUAGAGAUGCCCUCAAACAUGCUGCAAGUCUUGGUCAUCAGCACAGACUCCAUGAUACCAAACUAGCAACCACAACACUUCUUGAGUGUGUCAAAGAGUAUGGCCUUGUCAUCCCAGCCAAUGAUUCAGUUUGCGUGGAUGAAUAUGAAACCCCUCCAGGAUGUGAAGAACUACAAUCUUGGUCCCACUCAACACCUAAAAUAUCUUCAUGCGUGAAAUCCCAUAGCAAAUCAGCUUUGAUUGGGCUCGAAUACGUUGUGGAGGUAAAUCCGGAUCGUGAUAUGAGUUGCACAUCUCAUUCGUUCUACAUUUGCAUUCUUUGUGAGAAACGUUGCGAAAAUCUCGAUAACAUUUUGAAGCAUAUUCAGUCGUCAGCUCAUCGCAUUCUCUAUUUGAAAAAAUACUUUCCCCGAGCACACUCGUUGUUUCUUCAAGCUGAUCCUCGUGUUGAAAACUGGCCGCUCAAAAUACAUGAGUAUUUAGAAACGAUUGCCAGCAGAAUUGAAAUUUUCAACGGUCGCUUACAGAUCUUAUCGUGUCAUCGUACCCAGUGGGAAGUAAAAUCAAAAUUUUUUCGCACGAAAAUUGAUCUUGGAAUUCAUUUGAGAGAGACGCCAGAUUUGCUUUAUGACGACAUUGGCUCUCCAUUUACUGACAUGAAAUCCGGGGAAUGUGCCAAGGACGGAAAAUCCGAAUUCUCUAUCGCCCUGCAUUUAGGUUCUGGUUUGACAAAUAACGCUGGAAUGGAGAUAGCUGACAAAUGUGCGCUCCCCAUCGAAAAGGGUCGUACAGCAAUAGCGAUCGAUGAAGCUAUCACUCUGUCAUCAGAUGAAUCGAUUUUCGAAACUGACGGUGAAACGUGCGAAAAACGUAUUGGUGUUGCGGCGCUUCGUGUCCCAAGCAAAACAGGUAGCUGCAGAACCACAUGGCGCGAAAAAGCGAAGCCUUUGGAUGUGCAAGCGCAGUCAGUUUCAGGAGACAAACAGGAAUUGUCAGCGGAAAUUCCUGUGUGUCAAUCUGCAGAAUGUGAUGAAGUCAUCACAGUCGAAGAGGAAAUCGUUCAAAAAAAGGUCGAAUCCGCUUUGAACGCUCUUAAUCGCGUCGUAUCACGUUCAGUGUCGAGGCGCCAUUCUCGAUCUCCGAAGCAAUUACGUUCAGUAUGCAGUUCCAUGAGUCGUGUUACUGUUUCCAGGUCUCGAUCUCCAUCUCCAAAGCGAUUACGUUCAGGCCGCGCUUCCAGUGGACGCUCUCGGAGACGCCAACGGCGUUAUACUGAAAUGCGACAGUCGUCGACGAGUGAUGCUCGGUCCGAGUACGAUAAAGAACGCCGUGAGGAUUUAGUUAGACGAUGUGGUAGAAACCGUCAAACUCCGAAGAAACAGCGGAAAGAAAAUAACCACAAAAAGAUAACGGCAACAAAAACAACGAAUGAAAUUCACUUAAUGGCAAAAGUUGAAGAAAAAUUAAAGGAAUUCAAAGAAGCAUUAAGCCAAAAACAGCGAAUUUACAAGGAGCGUCCACAAGACCAUCCGCUAUACACCAUCGAGUGGGAAAUUUUCUGGAAGAGACGCUUUUCGGAGACCGAAAAACAAGGAAAAAAUCCGUACAUGCAUGACUUUAAGCGCGAGUGGUUCAAGGUUUGGUUCGAGCGAAUGCAAAGACUAGAUGAAAAGGAAAUUGAAGCUAAGAAAACGGAAUUAAUGAACAAGUACAGAUUAGCCAACGACCAAACUGACCAAGCUGACACCCUCAAAGGCAAAGCUUUCGGUUCUAAUAGCGAAGGUCAGCGGCGGCUCCAAUUUGGCUGGAAAAAAAUCUCGAACGAAAUUAAAUCAACACCUGAUCUCAAAAAAGGAAUGGAUUCUGAGGGAUCAAAAAUUAAAAAUCUCCCUCCAAAUCUUCAACAACCUAUCAAAAGUCCAGCCAAUGCUGACCAUCCUCUCAAGUCAUCCUUUUUCGAAGAAUUACGGAUUCUUCACAAGUCUAAGGAUAUUUCGGUUGUCGGUGGCAGUUCAUCCCAAUCCGCAAACGAUUGGAUUUCGUGCGACCCAACUUUAAUACAAGUACUGCGUAUGCUAGUCGCGCUUGAGGACAGCCUGGGAUCACUUGGCCCGAGCAUUACAAAGUUGCUAACACGAGCUCUUUCAGCCGAACGCUGCCAAACGGGAAGUUCGUCUCAGUUGUUGCAAGAAAAUGCUACGUUUGCUGUCGACUUGCUUGACACAUCAAAAGAGAAAUUAAAAGGAUUAGUUUGUGCUGGAAUUUUGGAUGGAGUUAAAGCCAAGGCAGCCUCCCAGGCUAUCGAAAGUGUUACUCGUUUUCUAGAACGUUCUGCGCCACUUAUAAACUUUGGACAAACCACCAGUGGUCCAACGUCCUUUGACAUCGCAUCGUUAAUUAAAAAUUUACAAGAGGCUGGUCUUUUGCGUCCUAUUCAAUCUCCCGCCGCAAUUCCGACGACGCCGUCAUCUGUUCAGUCCUCUAGUAUCGGCGAGCCAGAAGAAAUGCCGUCAAACUAUUCUUCAGAGUUUAUCUCUGGAGUGCCUUCAUUGUCGCUAGAAGAUACAAUAAGCAGCAGCCAAAACGAUAAAACCCCAUUUGGCUCAUUUGAUCAGUUCACCGGAGAAGAGCUUAAAAUACUUAUUGCCAAUUUUCGCACAUUGACCGCCUCCCAGAAGCGCGAUCUUAUACAUUGCUUGCGUCACGUCGAAGAAAGAUAUGCUGUCAAGAACUCGAUGCAUCAGAGUCAAUCGGUGUCGUCAACUUCCACAUCUCCUUCGUCUCCGUUGCCAAAAAAACAUCACAGGUACAACAAUGACGAACCGCUUCCUCCUCAUUCGUUAAAAGUUCGAUAUCCUUCCAUACUGAAAAUGACGGGACUAUCGUCCGUCGAUUUGGAGAAUUACGGCAUACCGUUGAAGCAGCUGGAACCCAUCCGUCCGUCAGUAAAUCCGAAUUUUGCCAGAAAAACUGAAGAGCUAGUUGUAUCGACAAACCGUCGUCCCAAUCGAUUGAAAAGUGCUCAUCAGCAAUCUCAUAUUGGACAAUCACACCAGUGGACUCUGUCGGAAGGGGGGAACGGAUCACUUACUCGACUGUCGGUGGAGACGCUAUCUACACGUAAAGAGGGAAAUGACUCUAGUGAAUCUAUUCCAGAUCAGCCAGUCUCAUGUACAUUCGACCAGCGCAAGGAUGGAAGUUUCUGCAAUGCUUUGCUAGAUCCCAGGAGGAAUCGAGCCCGCCAAGUGAAGCAGUCAUCAUUAACCCUGGAACUAUCACAUUCAAUUGGCAGAUCCAAUGAUCCCAUUAUAAUACCAACCUCUCCCGUCUUGUCAAGGUGGUCGCAAAGAAAUGAACUGAAAAAACCGUCGUCUGAUUCCAGGCACUCUAGCAGUGCUUCGGAAACUGCAAGUUCUUUUCCAGACACCGGGAACCGUUAUUGGUAAAGAAAUGCAAUUUGUUUACCAUUUCAUUCGAUUCCCAGCAAUAAUCCAGUCAUUUCCUAGUAAUCCCAAGUUGUUAAUGUCCGCUGUUCCUUUGCCAACUCUUUAAAAAUUGUUUUUGUUCCCUAACGCAGAUAUCGUUCUGUAAAAUUGUUAAUGCAAUUUAGAAUUGAAAAUCCAGAUGCACCAAAUACCAGGA